CCUGUGUCAUUGUGGAUUCUUGCGAUUACAGCAAUGACUUUCACUUCUGCAACAAGCCAACAUAUGUCAGAGAUUACAUGCAUGUUAAUCAACCAGCAGAGUAAAGAUUUAAGAACACUGGAGUCAUCAGUAUUUCUGGAGAUGCCUAGUAUUUCGGAAGAUCUUGGUUGUGAUUUGAGUUCUCAAAGCACAGAGAAUGUCUAUGAAACAGCAAAAAGUGUGGAAGUUGACGUGCUAGGAGACAUUGAAUUAAAAGUGAUCAUGAAUAUUUCAGAGACCAUUUCAUGCCUUUGGGUCUUCAAAGAGAACCAAGCUGACUGCAAACCCUCACUGGACUCAGAAAACCGAUCUGUUGUUUCGCUGGCCUUUUCAAAAAUAAAAGAAACUCAAGCUGGAAAAUACACCCUUGCAGUUCAAAGUGAAAACAAUAACUACACAAUAAUGUUUACAGUUCUCGUAAGGAGUAAACCAAGGAAGCCCUAUUUUGUAAAAAGUGAAAACUUGGCCAUUAUAAACUGCACAUCCGAAAGCUACCCUACACCAGAUAUUGAAUGGUUAUUUUGCAGAACACCUGAUGACAGUUGCAUCCAUACAAAUCGUAAAGACAGUAAAAGAAAUGGGAAAGUAUAUGGAGUACAGGAGGUGCCACGCGGAUAUUCAGCAAAUAAGUUAUUUCAAACAGACAUACAGUGCUGCGCAACUAAUGAGCUGGGCAGAGAAUGCACCAAGCUGUAUACAAUAGAUCUAAAUGAAAAACUUGGAGGAUCUUUACCUGAACUCCUUCUUAAAGUUGGGGAGCCAUUACUGAUAAGAUGUAGAGCUUUUUAUGAAAACUAUAAAUUCAGAUUGAAAUGGCAUUUUGAAAACAAAGAAUUACAAGAGGGGCACUGGUUUGAAGAAACAGAUUAUCAAGACUCCUCUAUGGUACGGAUUCUCUAUGCAUUUGCCUCAUCAAUGGGAAGAAGUGAUAAUGGACAUUACACCUGUUCUUCCACAGAACAUCCAAAUAAAACAACUUUGGUUACAGUCUUAGAAAAGGGAUUUAUAAAUGUAACUGACUCAAGAGAAGAUUUUGAGAUUGAUCUGUUGGAAAAGUUUUGUUUUGAAAUUAAACUUAAAGCAUACCCACCAAUUAGAUGUAUAUGGAUUUUUUCCCAAAAAUCAUUUCCUUGUGAGCAAAGAUACAAUGCGGAUGGAUACAGCAUUUCUUCAAGGUUCUGUGAUCAUAAGUAUCAGUCAGGGGAAUACGUAUUCUAUGCAGAAAAUGAUGAUACAUAUGUGAAUAAAACAAUGAUGUUGUAUGUGAAACGGAAACCUGAAGUAACAAUACAGUCAACAUCAAAAGAUAUUUCUUGCUUCUCUGAUAGUUACCCUGCACCAUCUUGGACCUGGAGGAAAUGUCCAGGACCCGAUUCUUCUAAUUGUACAGAAGAAAUCACAGAAGGGAUUUGGAAUGACACACAUGAGAGGAAAACUUUUGGGUCCUGGCAUUCCAGCAGCAUUUUAGAUAUACAGGAUACAGUGAUAGGCUUUUCUGUUGAGUGCUGUGCAAACAAUUCUGUUGGCUCAUCCUGUGCGAAGAGAUUCAUUAACCAACAAGGAGCUGUUUUUUCCCUCCAAGAUAAUGUUUCAUUCUAUGCAACUAUUGGAUUUUGCCUUCCAUUUAUAGCUGUUUUGCUUAUAUUUAUUUUUCAUAAAUACAAAAAGCAAUUUAGAUAUGAAAGCCAAAUGCAAAUGAUACAGAUAGUUGGUCCUUCAGAUAAUGAGUACAUCUACAUUGAUUUCAGUGAAUUUGAAUAUGAUCUCAAAUGGGAGUUUCCAAGAGAAAAUCUGGAAUUUGGGCAGGCACUUGGCUCUGGUGCUUUUGGAAAAGUGGUGAAUGCGACAGCUUAUGGAAUUAGUAAAACAGGAGUUUCAGUCCAAGUUGCAGUCAAAAUGCUAAAAGAAAAAUCUGACCCUUCUGAAGAAGAUGCUCUAAUGUCAGAGCUCAAAAUGAUGACUCAUAUUGGAAGCCAUGAAAACAUUGUGAAUCUAUUAGGGGCUUGCACCACAUCAGGACCAGUUUACUUGAUUUUUGAAUACUGUUGCUAUGGUGACCUGCUGAACUACUUAAGGAACAAAAGAGAAAUAUUUCACCGGACGUGGACAGAUAUCUUCAAACAGCACAAUUUCAGCUUUUACCACAAUUUCCAUUUGGAUCGAAACUCCAGAAUGGAUGACUUUGGAGGAAUGCAACUAAGGCAAGACUCAGAUUUGACCUCUGGAUCAAACGGGAUUACAUUAUAUUCGGAGGAAGAAGAAAUUAAAUAUAUCAAUAGAAGGAUGUAUGAAGAGGAGGACUUCAAUAUGCUCACUUUUGAAGAUCUUCUCUGCUUCUCAUAUCAAGUUGCCAAAGGAAUGGAGUUUCUUGAGUCAAAAUCGUGUAUUCACAGAGACCUGGCUGCCAGGAAUGUAUUAGUGACCUGUGGAAAAGUAGUGAAAAUAUGUGACUUUGGCCUAGCUAGAGAUAUAAUGAAUGACUCUAACUACGUCAUCAGAGGCAAUGCUCGGUUACCAGUCAAAUGGAUGGCUCCUGAAAGCUUAUUUGACAGGAUAUACACAAUUAAGAGUGAUGUCUGGUCUUAUGGAAUAUUACUGUGGGAAAUAUUCUCUCUCGGUGUGAAUCCUUACCCUGGAAUUCAGGUUGAUUCAAACUUCUACAAACUCAUUCAAAGUGGAUUUAAAAUGGACCAGCCAUUUUAUGCUACAGAAGAAAUAUACUUUGUAAUGCAGUCCUGUUGGGCUCUGGACUCUAGAAAAAGACCUUCCUUUUCACAGCUGCGUUCCCUUUUAGCACGGCAGCUGGCUGAUGCAGAAGGAGCGGUCUAUCAAAAUAUGGAGAGCAAUAUUUCUACACACCCUUCCAAUUCCAAAACCAGACCACCUGUGAGCAGGGAAAAUGAGCACCUUCCAUCCACUGAUCCAUCCCAGGAUGAAGAUUCUCAGAUAAAAAAAUAA